AUGACAAAACCCGUUUUUAGAGUGACUCGAUGCUCCACUUCGGAGGGAACUGAUGAAAACCGGAAACCGUUUAUUGCAAUAAAACUGGCAUUUAUCACUCCUAAGCCUCUUUCAAAAGGUCAGCGUCAAAAUGUUGCAUUAAGAUAGGCGCUACUGCCGCCCUAUUCACAUGCUCGAGCCGACGUCAUCAGUUCCUUCUGCAGCCUGUCCGAUCCGGUUGGUCCCGUCGGGAUGAUCUUUCGUCUGACGCGGUUGAAUGUGUCGCUGUUGCUCCAUUUGGCUCGUCUCGCGGCUGACGUCCAGUCGUCUGGUCUCUUUCGUGCCAAAAAGAUCGUCUCGCCCAUCCAAUUUGUCAACCUUUCCACGCUUCCCGUCCUCGCCUCGUCGACGAUCGCAUCCUCGCCGUCACCGUCACCAUCGCCGUCGCCGUCGCCGUCGCCGUCGGUCAGCCAAUGGCCGGGCGGCGUGGGUCUGAUCCGCGCGCUGCUCAUCCCCGUCUGGGUGGGCAUCAUCUGCUUCGGAGUGACGGGCAACCUGUUGACCAUUCGAGUGUUGACGAAGCCGGGUCCGAUGAGUCGCGGUGGUACAGCGCUCUACCUCACCGUCUUGGCCGUCGUCGACAUUGCCUACCUUUGCACCAGCGUGACCAGCAAGUUGGCCGCUUUCAUCCAACCGCGAGUGGCCGAUCUGCGACACAAUUGGCCCGUUUGGUGUCGUCUUUCGCCCAUCCUCGCCUACAGCAUCUCGCAUCUGUCCGUCUGGCUGUUGGUGGCCGUCUCGUUGGAUCGCAUGAUCUGGACCGUGUUGCCGUUCAGAGCGAAGAAGAUCUGCACUCGACGCAUCGCUUGGCGCGUCGUCGGCGGCCUCAGCUCGAGUCUCUUGCUGCUGCAUUCACACUUCAUUUGGACCAUGACCUACGCCGCUUCGGUACCAACUGACCCCGCGGACCAACUGCACUUGGCCGGCAACGCGACCCACGUCCAGUUGAAGUGUUCGGCCAGUCUGACGGCGCGCCGGUUCGUGCCGCUGCUCGACCUCAUUCUCGUCUGUCUGUUGCCGUUCUGUUUGAUGUUGGCCGCCAACACUCUCAUCAUCUGCAAACUGCGCAGAGUGCGCCGCAUUCGCACCAACUCACGCCUCCUCGCCGCUUCACGCUCUGGCCCGAACGACGCCGACGCCAACGGCGACGCCAACGGCGACGGCGAACAGGUCUGGCCGUGUGACGUGACGGCAGAUUCGAACUGUCCGCGGGACGAGCUCGUGACGAGUCCGACUCGAGUUCAGAGUUCACGCAAAGGUGGUGAAGACGAGCAGGUUGGCUCGUGUCAGGCUGUCCAAUGGGAAGCGAGUAGACGUACCGACUUCCGGUCGCGAAGGGCCCCGGCCGACGGGAUUCGAGGCCACAGUCUGUCCACAUUGUCGGACGGCUCGAGACGCGCCAGCUUUGCUUCUCCCUGCCAUACUGCCUCACUUGCCUCGUCGCAAGGCAACGUCGACGUCGACAUUGGCGUUGACGUUGACGUUGGUGUUGACGUAACCGGUGCCGUCAGGCACACUGACACAGCGAGUCCACGCUCCAAGGUGGUCACGGCAAGACAGACGACGUUGCUGGCAGCAACGGCGAUUGCGAGUCUAACGUCGACGAUGACAGGCACUGGUGACUACGGCGACCACGGCUAUGCAGUCCAUCACGUCAGUGACGACAGCGACGCUGCCGACGUUGAUGUUAACGUCUACGGUGAAGACAACCAAAACGGCCAUGCAGAUGCCGACACCGACGAAGAUGGCGAAUAUGGCGCCGAAAGCGAUUUCUACAUCAACAAGGGCGGCGAUUGCGAAUUUUAUGUCGAAGGCACUGACGACGACUACUCCGACGUCGACUCCGACGACUACGGAUAUGGUGAAGGCGACGGCGAAAGCGAAGGCGACGCUUACGUCGACAACGAAGGCGGCGCGUAUGGGCAUGACGAUGCCGAUACCGACGGCAGCCACAAAGAAUUCAAUGUCAAAACUGAUGUCGACUGCAACGACUGCGGAUAUGACAACGGCAACGGCGACGGCGACGCCUACGUCGACGACGAAGGCAACGCGUAUGACCUUGAC